CCUGUCCUCUGCAAUUCAUGUAGCCUAAAUAUCCAUCAGAACCGAGAGCGGUGUGGCAGCUGGCAUUGACACUUGAAUAGUUGUCAAUGCCACUAAACUUAAUUUUCUGUUGUUGACUAAAUAUAAUUUAGACUUUUGGAAGCUGAUUACGUAUAGCUGUCACAAACUGGUACGGUCUGUAUUGAUGUUAGGCAUUUAAGGUAAACAUGGUGAAUUAGACUUGGUUUAGCGACAUAUUUAUAAUAUCAAGAUAAACAAAAUCCAUAGCAAUUGAUUACGAUUGAAGAGGAAAUGGUUCUUUAAUUUCGUUGCUAUUGCACUAGGUUUCACUUUUUAGCUUCUCAAUGAUGAAAUGAAAACGAAACUAUGAGUUUCCGUUUACAUUUUCUGAUGUCAUAGCGUCACACUGGCUGCUUUUAUAUUGGGAGCACAGGAUACAAGAAACAGAAAGCUUUUGUCGGCGUUGCAGCUCUGACCAAUGAUGGGAAGUGAAUAAAGUUCUGAAAACCAGAUGCCAUCAUGAUCUGCUGGGGAGAAACCACUCUUAGGGAAUUUGCACAAAAAGGCAAGAUAACUGCCGUAUCUGCUGGGAGACGCAUCAUUGCUGUUGUCACAGAAAAUGGACAAGGAAAAUACUGUUUACAGUGUGACACAAGUGAAACACGAAACAGACGAAAGCCAGGGAACUUGACAUUGAAGGAGGAGAAAAUCGACUCACUGAGCUGUGGAGCUGAUUACAUUGUCAUGAUCUCAAAGAAGGGAAACGUUUUCCAGCUAGACUUGGAAAAAAAACCUCACAUUUUCAGAUGUCACAGUGCACUGCUUGGCAAACAUGUGAUACAGGUGGUCUGUGGGGACCGUCAUACCAUUGCACUCUGCAGAGAUGGACAGCUCUUCACGUGGGGGGGAAACUCCCAUGGACAGCUGGGACAGGGGGAGGGAAAGCGUGACCUCCGGACCCCUGAGCCCGUCUUCUCCCUGUCAAGGGUUCCCCUGGCUAUGAUCGCUGCUGGCGGGGACCACAGCUUUGCCCUGACUCUCUCUGGAACUGUGUUCGCCUGGGGCAAAAACAGCUCCGGGCAGCUCGGCGUGGGAGAUAAGGAAGAUAGAUGUGAUCCCACUGUGGUUAAAAGCCUAAAUCUGAAGAGGACUGUCUUCGUUUCCUGUGGAGAGGAGCAUACUGCAAUUCUGACCAAGGGGGGCCUGGUGUUCACGUUUGGGUCCGGAGAGUACGGUCAGCUUGGACACAGCUCAGACAGAGAGGAACUGCGACCUCGUCUGGUGGCUGAACUCUGGGGGGCAAGGGUGACCCAGAUAGCCUGCGGAAGGCAUCACACACUGGCAUAUGUUGCGUCCCUGAAAACGAUCUACUCGUUUGGAUGUGGAGAGCUAGGGCAGCUGGGAAGAGGACAGGCUGGCAGUCAGAACGUUCCACUUCCUGUUCCGCUGGCUCCAGGAUUUGACGGUGGAAUUGGGACCAUUUUGGCUGGAGGAAACCUGUCAUUCUGCUCUCUUGAAACGCUGCCUUGUCCCAGAAAGAUCUUGACUGUGGAUGAGAAAUUAAUUGACAAAUGGACCUCAGAGUGUGAUUCAAAACGAUGGAAAACUCUAAAAAGGGAGAUAAUACAGACUUUUUCAUCUGCAUCAACUCUCAAUGGUAGCUUUCUCAAUCAAAGUGGCGAUCGGCAUUACCAAACCACAGUGGCGAAUUCAGGUCUGGACUUGUCUCUAGCACGUCUAGCCUUCGAGAAGCUGGCAAAGAAUGAAAAAUUGUUGAAAGAGGUGGGAUCGGUGGUGCGGGACACGCUGCUUCGCUCCCUGAGCGACGCACCGCCUGGUGUGGAAGACCUGAGAGUCUAUUUGAUCCUGCCUGAACUUCUGAGGGUCCUGCCUGUGGACAGAGACCUCUGUGUGAAUUUUGCUGAAGCAGUUGACAGACUGCAGCCACAUUGCCUGAAGAUCCUAGAGGGUUUAUGGUCAAAACUUCCACAAUCCUUCUUCAAGUCCCUGGUGGAGGUGAUUCGCUCGGCGUGCACAUGGUUCCUUCACCAGUUGAGGACAGAGCCGGAAGAUUUCAGGAUCCACGUUGAGAAGACAGCAAAAGUUCUUCAGAAGCUGUAUGAGGUGAACUACAACUCUGGCAGGAAGAUAGAGGACAGAAACUUCUACAUCAACGAGAUGAAGCUCUUCAUUCAGUCUUGUCUAGAAUGGUCGCCACCGGAUGGAAACAUCAUUUACCGCAUGUCACAAUUCAUGUUCAAAAGGUUGGCCUUCUACCGAGGCAUCUUUGACAUGGAGACAAAACGCAUGGUCUUCUAUGAAUAUUCUGCGUAUUCUCUGAAUGCCCUUUUGAAUCCUUUAUGGCUGAAUGAUCUGUGUGUGAACAGAAGGACCCUUCUGACAGAUACCUUUCAAGGACUGAGAAACAAAGCCCGUGACUACCGUUGGCCAUUAAAGGUAAAAUUUGAAAAUGAGGAUGGUAUUGAUGAAGGAGGUUUGUCUCGGGAGUUCUUCACUCUCAUUGCAAGGGAAAUUCACUCGUUGGAGCCAAAGAUGCUGGAGGUGUUUGAAGACUCAAGACUUGUCUGGUUCAUGCCUGAGGGCCUCCGUGACAGCGAUGCUUAUCGCUUGCUUGGGGUUCUCUGCGGGAUGGCUCUGUACAGCCAGUGUGUUGUGAAUUUCAACUUCCCACUGGUGCUUUUUAAGAAAUUGUUGGGUUUUAUGCCAACUCUGGAAGACCUGGAAGAACUCUCUCCCAUCGAAGCCAGGAGCUUGCAACAAGUCCUAGAUGAAGACGAAGAUGUUUUGGAGCUGUUGUAUUUGGAUUUCACGGCUAAAGGCCACGAAAUAGUUCCAGAUGGAAGAGAGAUAUCAGUAACCAAAUCCAACAGGCGGCAGUACGUGGAAGCGUAUGUUGAUUUCAUUUUCAACAAGUCGGUGGAGAAGCAGUUCGCUGACUUUUUGGGGGGGUUUUCGCAAGGCUGCCCAAAUGGAUUGUGGAAGAUGUUUCUCCCAGAGGAGCUGAUGGCCCUUCUGAGUGGAAACGUUGACUAUGUGUGGGAGGAGCUGGAGAAGAAUGCUAUAUAUGAGGGAUAUAGGCCCACAGACGAGAACAUCAAAAACUUCUGGACUGUCUUCUUUGAACUGUCUGAGGAGGAAAAGAAAAAUUUUCUGUCCUACAUGACAGGAAGCAACCGGCUGCCCAUCGGGGGACUGGCAAAAAUGAAGAUCGCUUUUGUGAACCGAAACAUGCCCAACCCUGAUUACUUUUAUCCGGUUGCAAACACCUGCUAUUGCCGCCUAUCCCUUCCAAAUUACAGCAGCAUUGAUAUUCUGAGAGAGAAGUUUGUCCAUGCAAUCUCUUUUUACGAGGAAUUUGGACAAGGUUGAAGUGUCACAUGAAGAUAAAGACAGUAAUCCUUCGACUGCUGAGGCUUCACAAAACGGCCACUAGAGCGGCGACGUUCUCGUCACUUUUGAACAGUCUUCAUCUGUGUCUGUCAUCUCUGAUCUAAUUUUCAGGUCAGAGCAAGCAAGGACAGCUCUGGGUUUUUUUCUUUAGAAUUUCUCCUUUACCAUGCAACCGUGAUUAGAAUGGUGAACAAAAUAACUUAACAAAACAAAAUUUUAUACACUUCAGUAGAGCGUUAAUUCAGUUAUUUAUUAUGAAUUAUUUUGAAUGAUUUCAUUAUUCUUCUUUCUUUAUUAGUAAUUUAUAUUUUCAGUUUAUUCCAUUGGUUCAUUUUGAAUAUUGUAUUUCCACGAUAAUGUGAACCUGUUGGUGUUUACCGUUCUUGGCUCAAUGGCGUAGUUCCAGUGCCUUUUUCUGUUUAUCUGCAAGAGGCAAGAACUAUUUUUGAGAUUGCAUAGCAGCGUGUGUCCCAAAGCAGCCUAUCAGCUUUGUGGUAAAACACAAGUGUGCAGAGUUGAAGCUGUGGAUUGAAGACAUGCCAUAGAAGCCUGCCAUUGGCUUAACCUCUGCUAUCUUUUAUCUGUACCCAUGUUUCCGGAGGUUCAGUUUCUGUGUCAUUCUGUACGAAACCUAAAGGUUUACUUUACUGCAUAGUGUUAUGGACCAUUCAGAUCCCAUACAGGCUGUAACAUAUGAUGCAGAGGCAGUAUAUUAAAAAUGCGACUUAAAAUUUGCAUGACCAUUUCGGUGUAAAAUAAUCUAGCGUGCCAUAAUAUACCAAUGCUAUUCUGCUAUUGCAGUCAGGCUCUGGACCAGUAAGUUAUAUAGCUUGCCUGCUGUAUAUAAUGUAUAUAUUCAGUGUAAAAUAAGAAUUUUACUCUGUAUAGUUAAUGUUUUCUUUGGUGUCUGAGCUUUAACAUGAAUCUCCCUGGUGUCACCACACUGGAGAGCCAAUCUGAUCACAGGGCUAAAUCCAUAUAAUGCUCCCUUUUUAGAAAUGAAAUGUUUGGGUGUAUGUAUGAUGAACAUAAGCUUUUGUCAUGGAAUAUUAGCCUCCUUCUUAUGUAUGAAAUUUUCAUGUUUUUGAUAUUGGAAACAUAUGUGGUUGUAAAUUGCUGUUAAUGGGGAAGCUAAUAAAUCAUUGAUUCCAACUGGAACUU